UAUUAAUAAGGAGUGAAUAUUCAAAUAGAAAACUAAGAGUAGACAAAAAUACAACAAACCGAACAUAGGCGUCACCGGGAAGACACAAACGUUCACCGCUACUUGAAUAUCACCUCUUCUCUUCAUCAUCCUUUAUCUCCUGCAUCACAAUGGCCGUGGCACAGAAGCGACGGAGUGACAUGACCCCAGAGGAGUUGUCGGCUUUAGAGAAGGAAGAAUUUGCAACGGGACCUCUGCGCAUCUUGAACGAGAGUGUGCAGAACAAUACGCAGGUCCUCAUUAACUGCAGGAACAACAAGAAACUGCUUGGCCGGGUGAAGGCGUUCGAUAGGCACUUCAACAUGGUGCUGGAACAAGUGACUGAGAUUUGGAUGGAGCAACCGAAGACCGCCAAGGGUCAGAAGAAGGCUAAACCUGUCAACCGGGAGAGAUACAUACAGAAGAUGUUCCUACGAGGGGAUUCAGUCAUCAUCGUCGUUAAAAACCCACUCGGGACGCAACAGACUGCAUAGAGAGAGAGAGAGAGAGAGAGAGAGAGAGAGAGAGAGAGAGAGAUUGUGUUUUGGCUAAGCUUGUGAGAGAGAGAGAGAGAUUGUUUUGGCUAAGUGAGAGAGAGAGAGAGAGAUAUAUUGCAUUAUGAACAGUCUCUCUCUCUCUCUCUCUGUGUGUGUGUGUGUGUGUGUGUGUGUGUGUGUGUGUGUGUGUGUGUGUGUUUCAAUGUAAAGAAAUAAACAAUCUUUUUUAUUUAAUUUAUAUUGUGUUUUUCAUCCUUAUGUUUAGUUAAGUCUCUCUCUCUCUCUCUCUCUCUCUCUCUCUCUCUCUC